AGGCUCUCCUUUUCCACGGUCCACGAAGGGGACCCCCUCGAGGGGCAAGUAUCACCGUCCAGGGGACGGUGAUCAAGGUGCAGGCCCAGAUGAAGUACCUGGGCCUGAUCCUGGACGGACGAUGGAGCUUCAGGCAGCAUUUCGCUCAACUCGGGCCGAAGCUCAUCAACGCCGCUGCCGCCCUGGGACGCCUCCUACCAAAUGUGGGAGGGCCGGGAUCGCUAUGUCGGCGACUAUAUGCCGGUGUAGUGAGGUCAAUGGCGCUGUACGGUGCCCCGAUUUGGAUAGACGCCCUCACCGCUGGCAAUCGGGCCCUCUUGCGGAAACCGCAGAGGGUCAUAGCAGUGAGAGGUAUAAGAGGGUACCGUACGGUGUCAUGGACUGCGGCGACACUUCUCGCGGGUGAUCCACCUUGGGAACUCCAAGCAGAGGUGCUCGCAGAGUUAAAAUUCCCGCGCUUCCCCGUGCCAGGCAGUACCAGCUCGCCUCACCGCGCCACUAGACGGAAGUGA